AUGGGUAAAUACAGAAAGAGAUUCAACGAGAAGGCCCGUCAGGGUAUGCUCAUCAAACAAAAUGAGCUGCGUAAGGUUAGACAGAAGCAGUUUACUCGUCAUUUAGAUGAUGGUACAGGUAAUGGGGAAGAUCAAGAUACAACACCAACAACUCAAGAACCAGAGAAUACAAAUGCUGAAAUCUUUCAACCAAUGUCUAAAGAGGAAAGAGAAGCUAAGAAGAGAAAGCUAGAGGAACAAGUGAGGCCUAAAGAAGAAUCCAAAAUUUCAAGAGCUAAGAAGAAGAGAUUAGAUAAAUAUAUUGAACAUCAAUUGAAAAGGGAAGAAAAACAAGUAUUGAUUGAAAAACUUCAAGAAUCUAAAUUUGAUACUUCAUUAUUGAAAAGUUCAAAACUUUUAGGUACUGGUAGACAAACCAAAAGAGAAGAUUUUGCUGAAGCUUUAGAAUUAGAAAGACAAGGUAGAGGUGAUGAAAGAACUAAAGAGAUCUUAUAUGAAGAACGUCAAGUUAGAGAUUGGGAUGAAGAUCAUAAAGAUGAACCACAACUGCAGCAACAAGAAGCUCAAUAUGAUGAUCAAAUUGAUCAAGAUUCAGAUGAUAAUAAUGAUGAUGAUGAUGGUGAAGAUAAGUUUGGUUCAUUUGGUGGUGAAACUUCUUCAUUUAUUGAUCUUAGACCAACUUCACUUGGUGGUACAGGUACUGGAUUUUCUUUCCAAAACAUUCCAAAAGUUAAAAAGAAAAUUAAGAAAAGUUAUAAUUGGAGAGCUAAAUUAGAAGCUGAAGAUAGAAGAAAACAUAAAAUCGAAGAUGAACAAGAUUUUGAAAGUGAUAGUGAUGAUGAAGAAGAAGAUCAAGAUGAAGAUGAAGAAAAAGUUGAUGAAUCUGAUGAAGAAGAACAAGAGUCUAAUGAGGAGGAAGUUGAUGAUAAUGAGGAAAUUGAUGAUGAUGAAGAAGUAGAAGAUGGUGAAGAAGACGAUGAAGAAGAAGAUGAUGACGAAGAAGACUCAGAAGAAGACUCAGAAGAAGAUGAAGAUCCAGAAGAUGAAGAACGUAAGAAAUUUACACAUAGUUCCAGAGCUGAAGCUUUCAAAGAAUGGGCUGAUCAACAGAUAAGGAAAUUAGAAGGUCGUGAAGCUCCAAGUGCUCCAUCAUUACCAAAUGUUCAUUAUGAAAGAGUUGAUCGUCCAGAAGAUCUUGAAGAUGAUUUAAAAGAAGAAUUCAUUCCAGUUGAUGAAUCAAGUAAAAGACAAGCAUUUUACGUUAAUGUGGAAAGACCUGAUGAAAUUCAAAAAAUUAGAAUGCAAUUACCUGUUUUCGGUGAAGAACAUCGAAUUAUGGAAGCUAUUCAUCAUAAUGAUGUUGUUAUUAUUUGUGGUGAAACUGGUUCAGGUAAAACUACUCAAGUUCCUCAAUUCUUAUAUGAAUCCGGUUAUGGUACUCAAUCAAGUCCAGAUACCCCAGGUAUGAUUGGUAUUACACAACCAAGAAGAGUUGCUGCUGUUUCUAUGGCUGAACGUGUCUCAAAUGAAUUGGGUAAUCAUGGUGAUAAAGUUGGUUAUCAAAUUAGAUUUGAUUCAACAACUAAACCAGAUACAAGAAUGAAAUUUAUGACUGAUGGUGUUUUAUUACGUGAAAUGAUGACUGAUUUUAUCUUAAACAAAUAUUCUUCAAUUAUUAUUGAUGAAGCUCAUGAACGUAAUAUUAAUACUGAUAUUUUAAUUGGUAUGUUGAGUAGAGUUGUUAAAUUACGUGCUCAAUUAAAUGCUAAAGAACCUUUAAAAUAUAAAAAAUUAAAAUUAAUAAUCAUGUCUGCUACAUUAAGAGUUUCAGAUUUUAGUGAAAACCCAGUAUUAUUUGAUGCUCCACCACCAAUUUUAAAAGUUGAAGCACGUCAAUAUCCUGUUUCAAUUCAUUUCAAUAGAAGAACUUCAUUUAAUUAUAUUGAGGAAGUUGUUAGAAAAACUUGUAAAAUUCAUAAAAGAUUACCACCAGGUGGUAUUUUAAUCUUUUUAACUGGUCAAAGUGAAAUUACAAGUGUUGUUAAGAAAUUGAAAAAAGAAUUCCCAUUCAAGAAUAAAAAACAACAAAAGCAAGUUCAAAAAGAAAAUUAUGAUGAUGAAGAAGUGGCAAAUGUUCGUAUAAAUUCUAAACAAGCAGCUACAGAAGCUGAAGAAGUUGAUUUUAGUGUUAAAGUUAAAGAAAAUGAAGAAUUUGAUGAUGAUUAUGAUGGAAAUGAUGAUGAUGAUUAUGAAGGUGAAGAAGAAGGUUUUGAAGAAACUUUAGAAGAAGGUCAAACAGAUCAAGAUCCACUUUAUGUCUUACCUUUAUAUUCAUUAUUACCAACAAAAGAACAAAUGAAAGUUUUCAAAGAACCACCAGCAGGAAGUCGUCUUUGUAUUGUUGCUACAAAUGUUGCAGAAACUUCUUUAACAAUUCCUGGUAUAAGGUAUGUUGUUGAUGCUGGUAGAUCAAAAGAACGUCAUUUUGAUGAUAAAACUGGUGUUCAAAGUUUUGAAGUUGAUUGGGUUAGUAAAGCAAGUGCUGGUCAAAGAGCUGGUAGAGCUGGUCGUACAGGUCCAGGUCAUUGUUAUAGAUUAUAUUCUUCAGCUGUUUUUGAAAGAGAUUUCCAACAAUUUUCUAAACCUGAGAUUUUACGUAUGCCAAUUGAAAGUGUUGUUUUAUCAAUGAAAAGUAUGGGUAUAGAUAAUGUUGUUAAUUUCCCAUUCCCAACUCCACCUGAAAGAAUUGCAUUAAGUAAAGCUGAAAAAUUAUUACAAUUUUUAGGUGCAUUAACAAAAGAAAAUCAAAUUACAGAUUUAGGUAAAAAUAUGAGUUAUUUCCCAAUGAGUCCAAGAUUUGCUAAAAUGCUUAUAGUGGGUAAUCAACAAAAUUGUUUACCAUAUGUUGUGUCUAUUGUUUCUGCAUUAUCAGUUGGUGAUCCUUUUAUUAAUGAAAUGGAAUUGGGUAUUAAUGAAACAAUUCAAAAUGAUAAUGAUGAAGAUCAAAAUCAAGAACAAGAAUCAAUAGAGGAAUUAGAAGCUAAACGUAAAUUACGCUCAAAAUUCCAUUCAUCAAGAACUAUUUUUUGUAAAUUGGAUAAAUAUAGUGAUGUUUUAAAAUUAUUAAGUGCAGUUUGUGCAUUUGAUCAUGUUCCAACUAUUAAAAAAGAUGAAUUUUUAAGAAAUCAUUUCCUUAGACCAAAACCAAUGGAGGAAAUUUCCAAAUUGAGAAAACAAGUGAUGUAUAUUGUUAAAUCAAUCACCACUAAGGAAAGUAUUGCAGCUUCAGUUACUGAAAAAGAAUUGAAAUUAGGAGUUCCAAGUAAAAUUCAAGUUCAAGUAUUGAAACAAAUGGUAUCUGCUGGGUUUGUUGAUCAAAUUGCUAUAAGGGCUGAUUUAAUAGAUACAGACGUUAAAAUCACCAAUAGAACAAACAUUAUCAAUAUUCCAUAUGCUACAUUAUUUCCUACAAAAAGUGAUGAAGAAAAUGCUAGUCCAUAUGUUUCCAUCCAUCCUUCAUCAAUAAUUUGUAAUGCUGGAGAAGUUCCACCAUCAUAUUUAGUUUAUCAAUCAGUUAAUGUUGGUGCAAAUAAUAAACCAGAUUCUAAAAUACUACCAAAAUCAAGAUUAAGAGCUUUAACUGACAUUACUGGUAAACCAUUAUCAAACAUCGCCAAAAACAGUGGAUUAAUAACCUACUCUAAACCAUUAGGUCAUCCAUAUGCUCCAAAGAAUAUCACAUCUACAAAAAGAGAAUGUUAUGUUGUUCCAAGAUUUGGUGCUGCUAUUGGUGCUGGUGGUAUUGGAUGGGAUUUACCACCAAUCAAAGUCAUACAAAACAAAAUAGCUGGUCAAUGGAUCAAUGAAUAA